UACCAUACAGUUUAUUUUGGAUAUUUUGAGGCAGCAGUUCUUCGGAAGUCCCAUCAUAAAAAGUUGCCGGGACGACAAAUAUUUUUCGCAGUUUUUCUUUAGCGAUAUGCCACCACCACCACCGCCCUAUGGCUAUGAAGAUCCAUAUCGCCAUCGCCAUCAUCAUCACCAUCAUCGCCCAGGUAUCGAAAUUGAUAUUUUUCCCGGCUGGAAUCGUCCAUACUAUCCUCCACCUCCCCCACCGCCUCCAAGAGCUGAGGUGGUAGUGGUCACACCGGCAGCCACCUAUGUGCCGCCACAAGCUCCUGGCCAGUACUACAACAACGGUGCCUACUACAAUAAUGGAUACAACAACGGAUAUAACAAUGGAUACAACAAUGGCUACAACAACCCUCCCUAUCCCCGAUGGUAGCUACGAAGAGGGAUUAUGGAAUAUUUAAAAUUGCACAAAUGUUAACAUUUAUAUACUGAGAAUUAUUAUUUUAAAUUUAAAUAUGCAAAGUAAAAAAAAACAAAACGAGAAUUAACAAAUCAAUCAAAGUUUGUGAAAAUGAAGGAAUUACAGUGAUUACAUACA